AUGCUGAUCCCUGUCUGUAAUGAGCGAUUGCCGGUCCGGCUUGAGAUUUGCGUGAUCUCAGCAAAAGCCUUGCCGGUUAUGAACAAAGUAAGUUGGAAAAUGGAGUCGUUUUCUCGAUACAUGAAUUUUAGAGCAUAAACUCAACAGAUGCGUUUGUGGAAGUACGUUUCUUGGAGACCAUUGACAAAACCGACGUGAUCACAAGUUUGAAUCCUGUUUGGAACAGCGAACAGUUUGUUUUCGACACAGACGAGAAAGAAUUGACGGAAGAAUGGCUGCAGCUGAGGUAGCUUCUAGCUUCAUCGCACGGAACUUCCGAAAUGAUGUUAUUCAGAGUAAUGGACCACGACACGUACUCAGCGAACGAUGCAAUCGGCCGUGUUAACGUAGAUUGUAACAUUUUUCUCGAACGGAUGAGACUAGAUGGCAUGGAGGUCUUGGAGGAAACGUUCACGAUGAAGGUCUACGACACGAUCUAUGGAAAUCGUGGAGAUGUGACUAUCGGCAUCAAAAUGCACCUCCUGAUGCAGUACAGUCCGAAAAACUACGUGCAUAUCAUGACGGGUAACUUUAAUGAACUUUGCCAUCCAAACAUGUGUAUUUUAGCUACAAUGGUUCCCCCGAAUCUCCGUAUCUCUGAAAUUCUCGGCUUAGUGGACAACAUUCGAUGCGAGAAGGAUCCCGAUUAUGAAUGGCUCGACAAGUAUUAUUUCCAUUUCGUAUUUGUUUUAAUGUUGUGUGUUUUCCAGAAUCCGCACGCCGCGAGCAACCAAUGAAGCCAGACAAAACGCGAUCAGAGUGACAAUGAGAGAUGCGAUGAUGGGAAUAGCUCACAAAGCUCAUAAAAUGGGAGGAAAUGCUAUUUUAGGGUAACUGGACAUCCCAGAUUCUCGAAAAAUUAAUCUUUUUGCAGAAUUUUGGAGAAUGUAGACAUGGAAGGAUCAUCGUCAGAUCUCUUGACGUGUAGAGUGAUUGGAACAUGCUUGAAAGUUGUUCAUGAGAAUUUCUUUCCGAUUCCAUAUACAAAACCGUCAAAGCCUAUUCUAACAAUUGACAAAGUUCCGCAUGAAAGGUAAAUAAACGAUGCUCCAGCCACAAGUAAAAUUAUAAGGAAUUCAGGCAAAUCGGACUUGGAUCAUUGCUAACAUCACGCUCAAUUCAACUUCUGAACGAGGACGAGGAUCCCGAAACCGUUCGAAGAGGGUAUUGGGUUGCUUUGCGGGCAGAAAUAUUCCAACAAGCACGUAGCAUUGGUUGCAAUCUUAUUGUCGGAUACAGCGAGACUGUUACUGUGAACGAAGGUAAUCGUACAUAACUUCAAACAAGAAAAUCGAUAAGUUGGUUGAACAGGUGUCGCGCUGCUCACAUGCACCGGUACCGCUGUCGUUCUGUCCGAUGGAACCGAUCCAGUGGCAACAAGUCUCAUUUUCAACGAACAGAGUGCGCGAAACAGUCCAGUGGUUGUCAGAGAACCAAAUGAGAAAGAGGCAAAGGAGAAGAAAGCGUUGUUUAAGGUAAUCGGCUCUUGAAUCGUCAUAAAACGUUACGACCACUAUCGGAAAUUAUUUUCACUUCGCGUGUUCUCCAAAUAUGCAAAAUGUAUACCAGCUUUCCUCCUUUCAGUUCAACGGUUCGGAAGGCCGGGAGAAGCGAGCCGAUUCUACACCGCGAGCCUUCCGCUGCAAUCAGUUCCACUGUCCGACCCAAGAGACAAAAUACUUCUCGCCAACUAAAGUGCUUCCUUGUGCGUAUUGCAAGUGAGUUGUCCCCGCCACUUUCCAUUAGCGAGAUUCUGUUCAGAAACGGUCUCGUCUCGGAAUUCAUCCUCUCUACUCAAAUGUGUCCUCCCCCACAAUACUACGCAGGCCCUCGCAACUUCAUCCAAGUCUCCGUUUGCAAAAAGAUCACCAGUGAUUCAAGCGAGGCGACCGAGUAUGCUGCAGAUAUUGGCAAUGUCGGUGGAGGUUGCGUGUGCAAUUGCAACAAACACGACUCUGUUUGCAGGCUCUCCCGUACUCCGAUCACGAGUUGAUUGGCAACUUGCUGACCGAGGCGAAGAGUGUGUAUCCUCUCGGCAAUGCGAUCUUCUCGAUUGCGAUCACAAAUGCCGUCUGCGAUGAUUCUCUCGUUUCCAUCAUCACCGGAGUCCUCGUUCGUCUUUUAGUCGUGCAGGUGUGUCACUUUUUCUGUUGUUCUCUGGCAUGGCAAUCCCCAUUCAACUCACGAGAUCACACAAUUAGAACAGGCCGAAAAAGGUUAUUAUCAGCUCCUUGUUUGUAUCACGCCAUACCGUAGGAAAAUGCUUCAUGAGAGACGAAUGCCGACUGACCGGAGCCGCCAAUGCAAAAUUUCCAGCACAUAGUCUAGUUAUCAGUCAAGAAAUAGGAAAUUGGUACCCGCGGGGCGAAGUCCGAAACUACGGAAUCAUGUGAAUGUCCAGUGAUCGGCACAUGGAACGUCCACGUAGCUAUUGAUGAUACACAUUUGAUCGAAAAUAGAUGUUGAUCCACGGGUUAGGCUACAGAAUGAAAACGGUGAUUCACAUGAGAAGAUAAAUAAAGAAGAUGGUGAACAGCAAUGGAUGUUCUUCCAACUUUAUAUAUACACCCAGCCUAAAUGUUUUUUUUACAGAAGACCGAGGCUGCUUCUCCAUCCAUAACAAAUGUAUUGUCCUUUUCUUCCCUCCAACGUCAACAUGACGCCAGACGCUUUUCAUGGGGGACCGUACGAGAUGCGAUCCGAUUCAAGCCAGCAGUGCAGGCGAGUCUGACUCUGAAGAUUCUGAACAUAAAGUAAGCAAUUUCUCAUUGUUCUCUGUUUCUGUUUGUUCAUUGUUUACAUCACAGGCAGUCCAUGGAUGAUAACUCCUCGACGUCUGCAAAAAGUCGGCUACGACUGAACACAAUUGUCGAUAAGGUACCGGGACACAUGAAAACGCUACGUGAUCUUUGAUGUUGUGAAUUCAGGUGCGCAGAAAGCAGCACAAAGAUUACGUUUCACACGUGGUUUUCGAAAGACAUAUGAGCCUGUCAAUUGGGAUUCACGAGAACCAAAGUGCCGGAAAUGCAACAUCCGUACGUGACUGAAGGGAAAUCCAACAACAAAAUAGAUGUUUCCAGAUUGCCGGCGUGCAUUUAUCGUCUUCUCUCUACCCGCAAUUCGUGAAUCGCGACGUCGUGGAGGGCAUGAUACCAAUUGCAAGAUUUUCCGACGUUUUUGUCAGGUCAAGAGCCAAUUCGGAAACGAACAUUCCGUUCAACUAUGGCGUUUUUUAGAGAAGACUUGACAACUGCCGUCCGAGAUUCCACAACUGUCGAUGGAUUUGUGACAAACGCACUGGAGGAACGAAUAACAACUAUUAAAACUGUUCUAUCGCUGGGAGGAUCUAACGCCGUUGUCGCGAACAUGAAAAUAUCUUGUCCUCAGUUCAAUGUUUCCAAAGAGCACGCCCACAUCAUCCUACUUGUUAGCGUCGAUUUCUAUAACGUACCAUGA